UCCAGGUCAUGUGGUCACUCUACGUCACAGGACGCGGAAGUAAUACUCCAAAAAUGGCAGCGUCCUUGACAGGCAUGUUAUUACUGCACUGAAGUUAUAAACAUGCUGUUAAGGUACAUUUCAAUAUCAAAGACAUUUUGUAUCAGCUGACAAGACGGAACAUAACAUACCAUGGAAAAACAAGCGUUUAUUGCGUCCUUAACGGCGGGGGGCUGUGCAGGGAUGUGUGUGGAUCUGGCACUCUUCCCCCUGGACACCAUGAAGACCAGGCUGCAGAGCCAGCAGGGCUUCUACAAGGCGGGGGGCUUCAGAGGGAUCUAUGCUGGGGUCCCGUCUGCUGCCAUUGGCUCCUUCCCUAACGCCGCUGCUUUCUUCGUCACCUACGACUGCACCAAGUCCCUGCUCGGCAGAGGCCAGGACGCGGCACGCAUGGCACCUGUCAAUCACAUGUUGGCUGCCUCCCUGGGAGAAGUGGUGGCUUGUCUGAUCCGGGUGCCCACAGAGGUGGUGAAGCAGAGGACCCAGGCCUCCCCCUCCUCCACCACGUACCAGAUGCUGCUGGCCACACUCCGGGAAGAGGGUGUCAGAGGCUUGUAUCGAGGCUACAGAAGCACAGUUCUCCGAGAGGUAGGAUCCCUUCACACAGUCACACGUUGCAUUCAUUCAUUCACUCACUCACUCACAUCCUGCUCUCCUUUGCUAAUCUCUAGUGGACAAUGUAUCCGCUUGUAUCCGUUCACCCUAAUCCAUAUCCAAUGUCUGUGUGGCCGGCUACAACCAUCAACACACCUGCCAACCUUGCGACACAAACCGAUGCAGGGGCUCAAGUGUGUGCCCCUGAAACAGUGGUAACCAGAGCGCAUUCAAUAUCACACACGGAUAAAACAAGCGCCGGCCCCCUGCAACACCAAGCAGUGGCUUUUUCCAACAGGCCGAAGAGAUAUUGAGGCUUUCCACUGUUCUGAUUAGAAGCAAUUUAAUUUCUCCUGGGCUGUGUUGGGGUUGCACAUAUUGAUGUAUGGGUCUCUCUUUCUUCCCUCCACUUUCAUCUCUUUCAAUUAUAAACGAACACCGGCUCCCCUCCUAUUGCAAGUACAGCUGAUUAAUUAAUGCAAUUAGAGGCGUUAUAAAUGCAAAACAAAACGUGGAUAAAUGAGCAUUGAGCUGCUCCCCCUUGAUGGGCGCUCAGUUUUUGGUAAUGAAGCUGCCGCUCCAGGCCUGUGAUUCAUGGCGUUCCGUUUAAUCGCACCUGCACUGCAUGGUAAUGCUGAUGGAUACUGAUUCUGGUCCGCAGGGCGAGCAAGACACAGGCACCCCCAGCCC